GGCAGCUUGACCGGUAAGAAAUCAGAUCCAGAAGUUGCGUUAUGUGAGAGAACGGAUUGAUGCGGAUGUGGUCGCUGUAAAACACCGUAUUCUCACACUUUAUCUCGUAUUACCGACAACAGCCAAGCGGUAAACGGGUCCACCAGGUGGAGCGAGGUGGACGCGGAGACCCCGCGGAAGACUUGACACUUUUGAGAGGCUCUGAGGAAAACACAGCGACGCUAACGACAAGUAGCCACCAUGUAAGAAAAGGAAGAGGAAGGAACGAAGAAAAGCCUUGUUUUUGUGGCCUCGCCAACACUCGCUGACGGCGCUGGUGACCGAAACAAGCCGAGGUAACUUCACCGAGCCGAGGUAACUUCACCGUUCGUCCUGUCACUCAGUCUACACCAGCGGUUUAGCUUGUUAGCUUCCGGGGCCAUGGCGGACAGCUACGCGAAGGAGUCCAACGGCACUGCCCUCGUCACCGGACAGGGCAGCGGAGCGUCGCUGCUUCCGACUCUGGCCAGCGCCCUCCCAGGGGGAAACUCAGUGGUCGCCGGUGUUCACUCCAGCUCCAGCCCGGCCUCUCCUCCGCCCGCUGCGGCCGCGCAGAGUGGCCUAUCCGCUGUGAUGGCGUCCAUGUCCGCUGUCACUGCUACCCCGGCCGGGUUCGGGACCACGUUCACCCACGGAACUACGCCACCUGUCCUGGCCUUGUCUCCAACUGUACACGCAUCCACGCCUCUCCAUGGUAUUGGGAUAGGGGUCGGAGGGGUGGCAGGAGCGGGCCUUCAGUCCCAAAUCCACGCCACGCCCUGGGACCCGACCCUGAGUACGGACUGGGAUAGGGAGAGGGCUUCCCAACAGUGCAUCUCGAGAAUAAAGAGGGACAUCAUGUCCAUCUACAAGGAACCUCCACCAGGCAUGUUUGUCGUCCCUGAUCCUGAAGACAUGACCAAGAUACACGCCCUGAUCACAGGACCAUUCGACACGCCGUAUGAGGGCGGAUUCUUUCUCUUCCUCUUCCGCUGUCCCCCCAACUACCCCAUCCGCCCGCCACGGGUCAAGCUCAUCACUACAGGACACAACACAGUCCGCUUCAACCCCAACUUCUACCGCAAUGGCAAGGUUUGCCUCAGCAUCCUGGGGACCUGGACAGGCCCGGCAUGGAGUCCAGCCCAGAGCAUCUCAUCUGUCCUCAUCUCUGUCCAGUCUCUGAUGACAGAGAAUCCCUAUCACAAUGAACCUGGCUUUGAACAGGAGCGCCACCCAGGAGACAGCAAGAACUACAACGAGUGUAUCCGCCAUGAAACGAUGAGGGUGGCAGUGUGUGACAUGCUGGAAGGCAAGGUCUCCUGUCCCAAAGCUCUGUGGAGUGUGAUGGAAAAGUCAUUCCUAGAAUAUUACGAUUUCUACGAGGGAGUUUGCAAAGACAGACUUCAUCUACAGGGACAGAACAUGCAGGACCCCUUUGGUGAGAAGCGCGGUCGUUUUGACUACCAGGGCCUGCUGGCUCGACUCGGCGCCAUCCACAGGCGAAUAAGGGAGAAGAUCUUAGCAGAUGACGACAACAACGACGACGACUCGGACUUGGACACCAGCUCCUCAGGGACGGACCCUGACAGUCAGGGCAGCUCCCAGCCCUGACCCUCUAAUCACGACUGGACAUUGGCCGGAUCAAGAAAUGAAAGACAGUGGAACAUUUUUUUUUUCUUUUUGUUGACGUUGUUUUGUUUGCAGUGGAGGAACAAAAUCACAUGAGGCAACCUAAUGUCUGCCCAGACGACGCAUACUUCAAUAUGCUGUCCUCCCACCACUGGUGUCACAGCUGGUCUCUUGGCACCAGAGGGCCAUGCGGCCCAGGUGAGCGGCCAUUCUUAGAAACGAGCAGGAGUUAGGACCACGGGGUUAUGACACCUCUGCUGGAGGUUGACAUAAUAACUAGCUCUACUCUGAAGCCUUCCAGCCAUUCUGGUCAGAGAUGGUCCCUGAAAGGCAGAGCUUCCCUCCCUCAUACCUCCAUUGUCUCUCUCACUCCUUCACUCUCCUGUUGAGGCUUUGCCUCCGCCGUCCUGUCACCCAUGCAUCUCCUUCCACCUUCUACUUUGUUGUUACGCCUCAACCCAGGACAGAGCACUGUGUGAUGAAGGUGUUUGUCAUCCUCAGCCUCCUUCCUCCUGCUCAUCUGCACCCAACCCCCCAGCGUUCAGUCCAUGUAGCUCGCACACGUCACCUCCUCGCACUUCAGCAGCUUUCGUUUCCACCAUUCUUUCUACGAAAUUGACUUUAUCCGCACUUUGACCUCGUUCUGGGAGUUCAUCUUCGAAACGAGACCUUUUGGAAGGUGACGGCUGUCGGCUAACGUCCAGCUUGUGGUCCAGUCCUCUCACCAUGCAUGACUGUUUGUAUUCACCAGCAUAACUGGACGUCAGUUCUUGUUUCACGUACCCCUGCUACAGUCCUUGUCCCCUCGAGGCCGCGUUGGCAUCGCUUCAGUUUGGUACAGUACGUAUAUUUUUGGAUUUUCCAUCAGGACUUUUACCAACGUAACCAGCCCCAACCUGAGUACAAUGGUACGGUAAAGUGCCAGAGAAUGGUCACAGUACAGUACCUGGGUGGAGUUAGAUACGGCACAUCCCAAACCCCGCCUACACAUGCCUGACCCAGACCGUACCAUACUGUACCAAACGGAACCGUGUCAUGAUGGAAACACAGCUUAUGGUAAUUGUCAUGCACCUCCUGCCUCUCAUCUACCGUCACGAUCCAACACAGCAAACGACAAAAUAGGUUCCACGACCCAUUGGAAGAAAAGUGACUGGGAACAACUUAGUCAUUGUCUCUCAGUAAGAGGUUUUUUAUGCAGUGAUUUAAUUACUCACCAAUAAUAAUAUUUUUUAUACGUCUAAGAUACAGUCAAAAUUUACAAAGCUCAUCUGUUAUCUGGUGGAGAAUUUGAACAAGCUCUGAAACUUAUUGACACCCUUCAUCUCUGCGAGUUCUCUGGCAUGCUCGACAGUCCCUUUCAAAACAGUAGGUCGUCUUAUUCUUCUCGCUGAUGGGCGUGAAUCACUGGUUUCACAAGUGAAGCCUCAAAUUUGUUCAGGUUUCUCUCUGUGUCAGUGGCUGCAUGAGUUUUAUUUUCCAUAAACCUAUUCCAUGGCAUCCAUCAGGGUUCAGUUGUAGGUCCCCUGGUUUUAAACCUUUUGCUCCAUCUUUAAUUAUCCAGUUUCGUUACAACACGUCUCCACUUAGUCGGACCCAAGGACUAAAAUGUCUAAAAUGGAAAUGGCAUUCAGUGUCAGACUGAAAUUAUUUCAGAAAUAUAGCUGAGAGCCAAGUUUCUCACUGAUUAUAACAAGUCUCAGAAACGACACCUAAUCCCAAAUGACUCUUUUUAUAAUCAGCAAUAUUUCUUACAUUUGUAGACAGGACAGUUUGAGAUCCCCAGGAAUGAGCUGACAUUUGCAGCUUGUGGCGUAAUGAAAAUUAGAUCCUGAUCUAAUAAGCAAUACAUUAUCACAAAAAGCAGACAAAUGAGACGUCACUGGUCCAGAAACUACAUCAGUCGGUCAUCCUACGUGAGUCUACGACAUGAACGUGUUUUAUAAGGUCACGGGUGAAAACCGCGUCCUGUUUGACGUCACGCUGCGUUUCAUUUACAGCAGAACUUGGAAGCUGGCAUCGGGAGUGACGUCCCCGCCCCCACACGGGUUCCUGUUGAGAAGUCGGAAAUGCAAACGUAUCUCGGGCUAGCCCUUGUUGGCUAAAUCGGUCGCUAACAGCGGUCUACGUUAUAUUAUCCACACACUAACAGCGUAGCGACAUGUCAACGGAUGAAAUUACGACUGAUUUACUGUAAGACAGAUGUGGCUGAAGCGCUGUUAGCGUUGAAAGUAGCAGUGUCGCGCCCUUGGUGAAGUUGCUCAGAGUUUCCGAGUUGGAGAUGAUUUCGGAAAAUCCGAGUUCUGUCCACAAAUGCAAAGUACCACUUUCCAACUUUGUUGGUGAAAAGUGUUACACAGAUCUAGAUGCAGAGAAAUCCAGGAGCUCACUUUGAACCAGAAUCAGGUUUGGCCAACGUGACUGGGACCUGAGCCUGGAUGACUGGAGCGGUUCUCCAAAAUCCAGAGAGGAGGAAGGAACGAGCAGUGUCAGGAGAACACGUAACACUAGCGAAGGCUUUGUUUGAGUCAUGUGCCUUGUCUCCUGUGGCCAGAGAGAAGCCACGCCCACCAGGCCUCAUUUUAGCCUGGACUGCAGCUCAGCCACAACCACAGAGACAUUAGCAGCUCUCCUGUCUAUUAUACACAAAGUUCUGCUCUUAAUCGAUCUGUGUAGCAGAUAAGAAGCUGUUUAAAAAAGAAAGAAAAACAUUUUUUUAUGUAGUUUCUCCAGUGUCAUGCUUUAGUUAAUGAUCAUUGGCUGUGUUUAGAGAUGAUGACUCUUGUCAUCUGUGCUUAAAGUGUAACUAAACCCCCACAUAUAAACCAGUGUAUUUCUGUAUCUAGUCGUUUUAUUUUGCUGAUCCAGGUGCAAAUUGUCACAGUUAAGGGUAAAGUAUUGAAAUUGUGCUUGUUAAAAUUUGACAUUACUACUGCCUCACGCUGGUCAAACACCAGCUGCUGCAUUACAAUUAUGUCAUUGGCUCAGUCCACUCUCAGUCCCCGCCCUCAUGCACGUGUCAUUGGCUCAGUCCCCGCCCUCAUGCGUGUCAUUGGCU